CACGGCCAAUUGGGCCACAACCAGAAGGAGAUCUGUGUGCCCCUUCCCCGUAAAGUGUUCGAGUUGAUGGGCAAUGCCGUCUGCCAACUGGAAUGUGGCCGCAUGCAUACGCUUGCUCUGGUGCCCGUUACUGGGCGUAUUUACUCAUUUGGAGCUGGGGGUGAAGGCCAAUUGGGUCUUGGUGAUCUGCUGAACCGAUCUGGUCCUACUAUUGUGCGCGGUGAGUGA